CAUCGCGCCCGAAGCAAGACUAUGAUGGUGGUCAAAACCUUCAUGUACUUUUCGGCUGUCAUCAUUUCAGGUUAUUCUCAGAUGGUCCAGGUGGACGACAGUCGCUCAGGUUACGCCGGCUCGCAGGUGGACCUCAGCUGCCAGUUUGUGAACAGCGACCCGCCGGUCAAGAUCUCCCAGGUCACCUGGCAGAAGUUCGUCAACGGCACCAAGCAGAAUGUGGCCAUCGCUAACCCGGCGCUGGGCGUGUCCGUCCUGCCGCCCUUCAAGGAGCGCGUGCGCUUCAAGAGCCCGGCGGUGCGGCGGCCGACGCCCUCGCUGGAGGACACCACCAUCACCUUCUCCAACCUGCGGCUGACCGACGAGGCCGCCUACAUCUGCGAGUACACCACCUUCCCGGCCGGCAACCGCGAGAACACCGUCAACCUCACGGUGUAUGCUCGCCCUAUGAUCCAAAUGAGCCUGUCUACUCCAUCGAUUGUGGCCGGACCGGCCAAUCUGAAGAUGACCGUGGCGACUUGUUUGUCUGCCAACGGAAAACCUCCCGGAGUGAUCACAUGGGACUCUGGUCUGGACGGCGAGGUCAGUAACCAGGAGACCCGGAACUCUGAUGGAACGUUCACAGUGCGCAGUGAUUACAUGAUGGUUCCCACGCGACAGACCCACAAUCAGAAGCUCACGUGCAUCACGACUUACCACAGCGAGACGUACAGUGACAGCGUGACCCUCAACAUUCAGUACGAGCCAGACGUGGCUAUUGAAGGAUACGAUGGCAACUGGUAUCUGAACCGAGAGAGCGUUCAGCUAAUCUGCCAGGCGGAUGCUAACCCACCUGUGUCUUUGUAUCAGUGGAGAUUUUUAAAUGGCUCCAUUCCCGAUAAGGUGGAGGUCCGCGACAACAUCCUGCUCUUUAAAGGGCCGGUGACCUACGACCUGGCCGGAACAUACAUGUGUGACGCCACCAACAGCAUCGGAACCCGCUCGGCCGCUGUGGACGUCAACGUCACUGAAUUCCCUGUAAUUCCUCACGAGAUGGCCCGAGGGCAUCAGGGACUGGGCACUGCCAUCGGAAUGGUGGCCCUGGGCGGCUCUCUGCUGGUGGUGGCCCUCACUCUCCUCGGCGUUUUGUUCCAUCGACGACAGCGCACCUUCAAGGGCGAUUACAGCACCAAGAAGCACGUGUUAGGGAGCAGCUACCGAAAGGGCGGCAGCUUGCAACCCUAUCCCCCGAUUCCUCAGGUCCUCAUUUGUCCAGAUGACUUUGACGACGACAAAAAGGCCGAGAUGUACGGAAGCCCUAUAAGUCUCACCGAAAACAUCCACCAUUGCCAAGACAACACCGAACAAAUGAACCGAUCGUUCAGUGUAGAGAGCGAGGUGGAGGCUUGCGGGUACGGCGAACAGUGUUUUGCCUUUUAUGAUGAAACUGAACUGGAAAUGUCUGUUGACAUGGUGCCGCAAACGGAUGGCUCUGUCAUCUCAAAAGAGGAGUGGUACGUCUGAAAUAAGCGAGUG